GGUGCAUGCUAUCAUGGGUCCGGUGGAAACCUAUAACCACCGCGUGAGUUCCAGUUCCAGCUCCUGGUUGGCAUUGCAGCUUUCAGCAAGAAUGAAUAUUUAGGGAUUCUUUCUCAAGCUGUAAUAAUCACAACGUCCAAAAAACCGAUUCCACCAUAUGUUAGUAACUGUUCCGGAGUGAUGAAAUAAUUUAUUUCCCUUUAGUUGACGGUUUGCUCAUUUUGCCGAAAGGGAAACAUGGCGGCGUCCUUGAGUUUCACAGGGAGCGCGAGGCUGCUGACUGCUUUGGCCCGAUCUAGUGCGCUGUACAAUUCCUUCGAAAGCAGAAGCUUCCAUGCAACAGUGAUGUGCUGCAAGAACCGAGCAGCUCGGAUUCGAAUCGGCAAAGGAGACAAGCCGCUGACGUACGAGCAAGCGUUUCAUCCUCAUCAGAUCGCUCACCGCAAAGGAUGGCUGUCUCAGCACGCCAGUAACCUGAAGGGAGAGCAGGGUGCGGCGGAGCGAACCGUGGAGGACGUCUUCAUCCGGAGGUUCAUGUUCGGGACCUUCCCCGGUUGCCUGGCCAACGAGGUGGUGAUCAAGCGCCGUGGAAACGUGCUGGUCGUGUGCGCGCUGAUGCUCCAGAAGAUGCCGCCUCAGAAGUUUUACUUUUUCAUCGGAUAUUCAGAGUCGCUGCUGUCCCACUUCUAUAAAUGUCCGGUGAAGUUAGAGAUUCAGACGCUGCAGGAAAAAGCCGUGUACAAGUACGUCUGACAGAACGAGCGUGUCGUUUUGUCUUUGAGUCACCUUAAAAUAAAAACGUUUAAGAAAGGAGCAUUGGACAAAACUGUCCAAGGAUGUAUAAUGUCUUUUGUAUUUUUUAAUUUGUAAUUGGAGCAUAAAUUUGUUAGAAACGAAUGGAGAUGUAACCAUGUGAGCUGCUGUUAUAAUGAAUAGACGUAGAAUAUGAACUUAUUAAAGUAAGAAUAAAAUCCAGGUUUUAAAGUGAUAUUUUUUAUUUGUACAAUGUGACCUUUUAUGCUCAAAAUUGGCAGAAACUUCUUGUUCUGUAACUAGUUUACAUUGCUGACAACUUUUUAAGAUUAUUGUAGAAUGCCAGCAGAUUCAUAUUAAUUCACUGCAAGAAAGCUUUAGCUAAAUAACUCCUUCAAAUAAAAUUAAAUAUUUAAUUUGAUUUUUCUUAUAAACUGAAUUUAUAAUCAAUAGCACAAAUAACUGUCCAAGUAAACAUGUUCAACUCUUAUGUAGAGUAAAUUUGGAUUCCUCUCAUAUUUUGGCAACAUUAAAUAUUUUUAUUUUUGUGUUGAAAGGACAUUAUGGAGUUUUAUUUCUAAGAAAUAAAAUAAAAUUAAAAAUUAACCACCAGAACAAGCACAAAUAAUUACCAAGAUCAUUAUGGAGUGUGAAGAGUCCCGCAUUACAAUAAAUAACUCCUAAAAUUAUUUAAAUGUUACUGGAAAUAGCAAUAAUUUAAUGUAGAAUUAAUUUGAGCCAAGCUAAAUGUAUUUAUUUCAUGUUUCUAGUAUCCAUAUCAAUGAUUUAAUAAAUGUCAUGUUCCUUUGUUUAAGUGAAGCACAUUAUGAAUUAACUUAAACUGUAAUCUUCACCAUUAAACUUUAAUCAAAUAGUUUGAAACUGUUGAGUUAAAAACUAUCUGACAUGUGGCACAUGACAACUGAUUCUACAAACUUAAAAUGUCUCUCCUUGUGUCGAUUUGAAGGCCAAAAGGCAAACUGAUGUAUACUGAUAAAUACUAUGCACACAUGUAAUAAAGCAAUUCUUUUUUCAAAUUCAAAGUAUUUUAUACAGGAAUAAAACCCACUGUUGGGUUAACUCAACAAAAAUGAGUUGAACUGAAGAGCCAACAGGACCUGAAUUGACAGUGACAGUAAAGGAAAUACUCCCAUGAUCGUAGUAAAAUUAUCUUUAUUUUAAUAAUCAAUAAUCAUCACAGUGCAAAUCCAUUCACAUUUAAGGCAAAUUACACAUAUUUUGUGCAAAAAUAAAAAGGCACACAAGAUUAAAGGUAAAAAAUAAAAUAAAAUUAAAAUCCCUUUCCAGUUAUUCAGAAAUCAGAGAAGACAUUCAGGAACACAGGGAAUAUCCUUCACCUCCAAAACACAACAUGGAUAAUCAAAAAAAAAAAAUUAUAUCAAACUUUAGUAUAAAAUGUCAAUUUUUCACAUCUCAAGGCACAAGACAGGACUGAGCGUCCGACUCCAGGCAAACUCUGUUUUCAUUUCUUUACCUCAAAGUGCUGCAGAGAAUAAAUGAUAUAAAAAGAUCUGCAUAAAAACAGAGAUGAGUUCUACAGUUUACUGUGACCGAGUUAAAUAUGGAGAGUGACGCUACACCUGGGUGACAAACAUGCAUCAACUGUCUAAUGGUGGUCGCUGCAUGGAGUGGGAGACAUCAGACCCAAAAAAAACAA